AUUUAGUGCUGCGUGUCCCGCGGUGGUGGUGGAAAUGCCGUCUCUGCCUCAUUCAACCGUUGUUGUUCGGUAUAAGCCACUGGCGGUUAUUGAACGUUGAAGUAAGCCUUACAGCUGAAACAUCAUUUCUCUUCGGUAUUACUGCUACAAUGUCUCAGCAACGUCGAAUAUCCGCUAGAGACCGGCGCCAUCAAGCUCCCACCAUGGCUUCAAUCCAGCCAGGAAGCCCUGCGUCUUAUCCAAGGCUGCAUCUGCUGAACAUGCCCCUCGAGGUCCGCCUCAAGAUCUUCCACGAACUGUGGCAAGACCGCGACUUUGACCUGCUCAUGUUCAUCAAGGACUACGAAGACAGACACGACAACGACAACCCCAUCACCCUCGCAUCCAUCCACUUUAUCCACUUCAACAAGCUCCCCCGAGUCCACUGGCACAACAAGAAGAUUCCGUGGGACCGAUAUGCCUCCUGUCUCAGCAACGUCGAGUUCCUCUGGUUCAACCGGCGGCUCCGCGGACACAUGAUGUACAGCAACCGCAACUACUUCCACGUUUUCAACCUGAUGAUGUCAUGUAGACAGCUCUGGGAAGAAGGAAGCCUGGCGUACUGGCGCCAGAAGCGCCUCCAGAUCGCCAUCACCAAGGAGUUUGGCGAGAUCCCUCGUGGAGACGAAGAGAUCUUUGCCAUGCCCCAGUCUACCAACAGCAUUCUUUUGGGCGGGAGCAUUGGAAACAGCGUCAGGAUCUUGACGCUGAGGUUUGACGACAAGGUGUUGAAUUGCCGGGUGACGCGCUGCGAUACUGUGCCCGGGAUAACGACCUGUGCUCGACACGCUGAUGAGACGUUCAUGCCGAAGCUGCAAUGGGCUCACGACACCAUAAUGAAGGCCCUCAGGCUGUUCACAAGCGUGACUUGUCUGGAGCUACUCAUUGAAAACGAGCGCGUCUUCAAGCUAUACGACAGCAGGGGCACGUUUGCCGAGAUUCUCAACUUUGUCAAAGAGGAGCGGCCACUGAUCAAGGUGGUUCGCAUCAAGGGCGGCCCAUGCGCGGAGAUGGUGAAGCAGUGGAACCUCAAGCUCGACGCAUCCGUGUCUGGGAUUGCAUGGUCGAUGAAUCCCUGCGUUCCGACGUGCAAGGACAAGAAGUAUAGUGCUCAUGUGGACAAGUUUGAUGCGACGCCGCGGGAAGUCGAUCAGCGGCCUGAUUUCGCUUGACUUGUUUUUUUUUUUUUACAAAAGCGGUCGAGGGACUGUUGUGGAGGCGAGUUGUCAGGGG